AUGAUGAUUUUAGCCUCUUCUACGUGUGAUAAUUCAACUUUACGAUUUGUUCAAGAUGAUGUUGGAUUUUAUUACGUUAAUUUCAUGCAUAAAAAUGUAAUUUUCGAAAUUCCAAACAUUAACAGUAUUCUCAAAAACGGACGGCGUGCACCUGCCACCUCUUUUAUACUUUUCAGAAACAUUCUACAAACUUGUAUUACAGCAAUGGACUUAAGAAUUGAACGCCAUACUUUAUCGAGACAUGCUUGCAACAUUUGGAACGACUUAAAACGUAUUAACCCAUCUCUUGUGGAUUUGUUUAGAACCAUUGCUAGGGAUGCAGCACAAAGGUUUUACAGUACGAGUUUAAGGAUUAUAAAUGUCAAUCUGCCUAUUAUCAAAUAUCAAGAAAAAGAUGCACACACAUCACCCUUAGUAGGACAAUCUAUCGAUCAAGAUGAACCUGCACUCCAAUCUCUUUUAAAUGACCUUUUUCCCGCAAUUGAUUUUUGA